UCACUUUAUCUCUCUCUCCCUCUCUUUUUCUUUCUUUCUUUUUACCCCUUCUCCUUCCCCCUCUUUCUUUUUGUUAUAUAUAUAUAUUUAUAUAUAUAUAUACAUAUAUAUAUAUUAACAUGGCUACUUCUUUACAAAAAACCAUCUUGACUGAUAGUGACACUCAACAAAGUGAAUCUCUUAGUCAUAGACGUGAAGCAUCGCGUGGUCUAGAAAUCGAUACAAGUACAACGAAAACAAACGCAUUUUUUCACACAUCCGAUCUUUCCUCUACACCUCGUCCACCUCCUUCUAUUUCACGCAAGAUUUCUGUAAAGCAGCCUAAAUCCACGCUAUCUAAACAACCACCUACUCCACCUUCACCUACAAUACUAGGUGAUGCUAAUGAUGAUAUUUAUCAUCAUGAUAGUUAUGCUAAUCGAUUAAGAAAUCUGGUUGCUUCUACACGCCAACAACAACAACAGCUUUCACCUAUACCACAUUACCUGAACCCAACAAGUAAAGAGUCACCUACAACACCCAAUUUUUUACUUAAUGAAGAAGAUUUGAUUGCAUUGCCUACCCCUCAUGUGAAAGAGACAAAGAAGGAGCAUUUUGUAUUUCCUACCACAGCUCAAAUUCAAGAAAUUCCUGUUAUUCAUAACACUUUUUUCAACCCUGUUCACCAAAUUCCUAUCUUAUCAGAGCAACCUAUGUUGGGAGACCUCUUAAUGAAACCGUCUUCUACACUUAAAAGAGAGAAGAAAAUUUACCAACAAGAUCAAGACAUUGUUGGCAAACAAAUUGGACAAUUCCGUAUCUGUCAAGAAUUAGGCGUGGGUGCUUUUUCCAAGGUGUAUUUGGCUAAUCAUAUUCAAACUCAAAAAUUCUUUGCUAUCAAGACAAUUCAAAAAGGUACUUUACUAGAUGAUCCAAGAGUACGUUCAAGCAUUGAAAGAGAAGUUGGUAUUUUAAAGUAUAUUGAUCACCCAAAUAUUGUUCAUUUGGAAGCAACUAUGGAAACUGAGCAUAUGAUGUGUAUUGUUUUGGAGUAUGUUGAAGGUGGCGAACUAUUUGAUUUUGUACAAAAAAUGCAUCAUGCAUCACAUACAGCUAUUCAAGAAAAUAUGAUUAAGGCCAUCUUUCUUCAAUUAUUACACGCUGUUCAAUGGCUACAUGAACAUAAUAUUGUCCACAGAGAUCUUAAGCUAGAAAAUAUUUUGAUGCACAAGAAAGACGAUGAAACGCCUAUUCUAAAAAUCACAGAUUUCGGCCUAGCUCGUGUGGUAGACCCCGAUUCACCUUUAUUGGUUACCCGAUGUGGUAGUGAAGAAUACGCAGCACCUGAAAUCAUUCAACAACAGCCAUACGAUGGCAGAAAGACAGAUACAUGGGCACUAGGUAUCAUUCUCUACAGUCUCUUGGUGGGCUAUCUACCAUUUCGCUAUGAUCCACGUAAACAAGAACGUGUGUCUCAAUUGUUCUAUCGGAUUGUUCGUGCUCAAGUCAAAUGGCCAACUGACUGUAACGUGAGUGAAGAAGCCAAACAAGUUGUACAUUCUAUUCUAGAAAGAAAUCCCCAGAAACGGAUUUUAAUACAAGACAUUGAGCAUUUACCUUGGUUUCAGCAUUAAUUCAUUUCUUUGUACUAUAUUCUAUUUAAUGACCCUCUUAUUUUUUAUAUAUUUAUGCAUGCAAUAAAGAAUCUACACUUUAUCAUAA